CUCUCCAGAUUUCUCCUCCAAUCAAAAUCCACUUCUACACCUGUGAGUCCCUUUCUCUCUCUAACUCUAACUCUAACCCUUUUCUCUCUUCUCUAGUUUAGGGCUUUUCCUCUUGCCUCUGUUUUUAACUCAAAAUCGUCUGCUAAUAGUAGAAAUGGAGUGGCUUUAGAUUACUAUUCAUCAAUGCUGGAUCUGUUGAGGCCUCUUCAUGUUUCAACUGGUUUUGGCACUUGGAUUGUGGGAAUGUUGACACCUAAACUGCCAUGAGCCAGGCUGAAGUCUCGAGGAUGAAACCUCCUCUUGUUCCACUUGGGACCUUGAUCGGUCGUGAGCUUAGGAAUGAGAAGGUUGAGAAACCUUUUCUGAAGUAUGGACAGGCUGCUUUGGCAAAGAAGGGAGAGGAUUACUUCCUGAUAAAACCCGACUGCCAGAGAAUUCAAGGGGAUCCUUCAACAUCAUUUUCUGUCUUUGCGAUUUUUGAUGGACAUAAUGGUAUAUCAGCUGCCAUCUUUGCUAAGGAAAACUUAUUGGAUAAUGUUCUGAGUGCAAUUCCCCAGGAAAUUAGUAGGGAAGAGUGGCUUCAAGCCCUUCCUCGAGCUCUAGUUGCAGGCUUUGUGAAAACUGACAUAGAAUUUCAGCAAAGACGGGAGACUUCUGGGACAACAGUAACAUUUGUCGUGAUAGAUGGGUGGACUGUGACUGUCGCUUCUGUGGGGGAUUCACGAUGCAUCUUGGAUACUCAGGGAGGUGUAGUUUCCCUUUUGACAGUUGAUCACAGGCUAGAAGAGAAUGUGGAGGAAAGGGAGCGUGUAACUGCAAGUGGGGGUGAAGUAGGAAGGCUAAAUGUAUUUGGGGGCAAUGAGGUUGGUCCCUUGCGAUGCUGGCCUGGUGGCUUGUGUCUUUCUAGGUCAAUUGGAGAUACGGAUGUUGGAGAGUUCAUUGUCCCAAUACCUCAUGUUAAGCAAGUGAAGCUAUCAGAUGCUGGGGGAAGACUAAUUAUUGCUUCUGAUGGUAUCUGGGACGCUUUAUCCUCUGAUAUGGCUGCAAAGUCAUGUCGGGGUUUACCUGCAGAGAUUGCUGCCAAGUUGGUGGUUAAGGAGGCUUUAAGGUCAAGGGGACUGAAGGAUGAUACAACAUGCCUUGUUGUUGAUAUUAUCCCAUCUGACCUUCCCGUCUUACCUCCUAUACCAAGGAAGAAGCAAAAUAUGCUUAGUUCACUUCUGUUUGGAAAGAAAUCUCUGAACUAUGUGAACAAAGCAACAAAUAAGCUUUCUGCUGUUGGAGUGGUGGAGGAGUUGUUUGAAGAGGGUUCUGCUAUGCUUGCAGAAAGGCUGGGUAAAGAUUUUCCUUCGAACACAAACACUGGGCUAUUCAGAUGUGCUGUAUGCCAAGUGGAUCAACCCCCUACUGAUAGCUUAUCAGUAAACUCAGGGUCUUUUUUCUCACCUGGAUCAAAGCCAUGGGAAGGCCCCUUCCUCUGCCCUAACUGUCGAAAAAAGAAAGAUGCCAUGGAAGGGAAAAGACCGAGCAGACCAAUAGUGACUGCAUAGCAAAUAAUCUGGUAACAGAGUAAAUAUAUUUUUUGACUGGAAGUGUCCGCAUGCUUGGUUUUUGGCUUUCUGUACUGAUUAUAAUAGUUUUAUAAGAAAUGAGGUAGAAAUAUAGUGAGUAGGUGUUUUGUUUUUACAUUUGUUUGUUUCAAUUCUGGUUUGCUACAACUUUUGCUAAACUGACAGAGGACAGAGAUGCCAUCUGAUAGAUACGGUUGUGAUAGUUUGAUUGCUAACAGCUUGAAGUUGUAAGUAAAAAAUGAAGGUCGCGUAGUGAUGUUUUCACCGCAGCAUCUUCAUCGUUGUGUCUGUGUGGAAAGUCACCACCUUUGUGCAUUUUCUUCAUUGUUUACUUCCAGUUAUAAUGUAUUAGGAAAACAAUCAAGAAUAUAUAAGAAUUUGGUGUUCCCUAUGUUUUGAUAUCCUCUAAAA